AUGGCGGACACUGCUAUGGAUCAAAGCUUCGAUUCAUUCGUAGCAUCUCCAAGCCUCAAACGGAAACGCUCACGCCGAGGUUCAGAAGCCAUGAUAAAUCUUCGAACAGAAGCUGCCAAAGUCGUGAGGAAAAAGCUUGGGCUUCAUAUCGAACCAAGGAAGGUCACGAUCACCUGUAAGCCUUUUCCGAAAAGGAAAACGGUAUACCUAUGGAAUAUUAGCGGCGAUCUGGACGAAACAGAGCAAAAUAUUGUUGCACGAACAAUUAACAGCGAGUCUAUACAACGUCGCUACUUUCGGAGCUGGUCUGACCAUGAAAGAGAGCAACUCACUUCUUUGAUCAAAAGAGGGGCCAUUGUACCGGAAUAUUACAUCAACAAGGCUACUACGGGCCUCACACCGAGGCUUCGUAGAGUGGUUCAUACUUUGGGGAAUCCGUCGGAUUCGCAAUCUGCCGCAUGGGAGCUUGUGUCUAGUGACACCGAAGACGACGAGGAAGAUGCCGAAGGCGAAUAUCCAACGGAUUACCGGUCCAAAUUUAGUCAGGAUGGCCAGCUACAAGAGUCAACAAGUGAAGAGCAUCCCGCAAAACGCUCUCGAGAAUCGUCUACUGGAAACGAUAGCGGGCCCUCUCCCGAUAAACUCGUUCAAACUACAACUGGAAGCAUACCGGAGUCACAACCCAUGGUAACCCCGUUAAUUCUCCAGACUUCAUCAACGAUUCAAACAGCUACGAGAUGCUCUUUACGGCCUUCGCAAUCUCCUCACUCACGGGCUGUAUCGCCGGAAGCGAGUACCAGCCAGGGGCAUGACGUUAUAGAAGUCAUUCCCGCCCCUCCUCGCACAAUGUCCCUAAAUGCCAACGGCAUAUUAGAGCUCGACCCGAUGCCUCCUACAACAGUUCCUUCUCCCACCGUUUCGACAGCCGCGCCUAUUGCGGCCUCUCCAUUUACACCAAUCACCAAUAAUCUCGCCCUCUUUAUGGAUCCUAAUCAAAUCGAGAGGGCCCUCGAGGACGAAAAAAAUAACGAAAUGGCCAAAAACGCCAUUACAGAUAUGGAAAUCAUGAUGAAAGCCUUCAUAAGUCAUGCCACGAUCGGAUUCCUGAACCUACCGCGAGUAUUGAGCGAGAAACGCGUCCUAAUGCGAGAGAAGGAAGAGAAGGAAAGUCAUUACGAAGAGCGACUUAGCUUUUUGAAAAGGGAACUCGAAGGACAAGUGAAGCUCGCUUGUGACAAAGAAAGCAUGUUCAAAGGAAUAAUAUCUAGCCUGGAGACUGCAAACGCUAUUCGUAUCAAGGAGAAGGGAGACUUAGAGAAGCAAUAUACGACCCUUCAAGGCGAAGUAGACGCACAAGCUAUAGUGCGCAAGGGUAUGCAACAUCGAAUUGACGUUCUUGAAAAAGACCUUGCUAGAUCCAAAGUUUCGGAGAAGCAUCUUCAAGACAACGAGACUAUCAUGAAAGAUUGCUAUCAACGCCUCGGGGCUAAGCAUGAUAAGCUCAAAGAAACCGCCGACAUCGAAGCACAGGGACUAAAGCAAAGAAUCGAAGUCCUCGAAAGAGUGGAAUCCGAGUUCAACAAUCGUUCGGAUGCAUUGACUGAAGCCUAUAAAUCUAAAGAGGCUGCCCUUCAAGAGAAGAUAUUGGCUCUCGAAAGGAAGCAGUCCGAAUUAGAAAAUCGGUUAGAAGCGUCGGCCGAUACACACAAAUCCAAAGAAACGGUCCUCCAAGCAAAAAUAUCAGGCUUGGAAUCGAAACUACACGCAAUGGCUGAGAAACAGACAUUGCUUAAGAGUAUCUUGGAGGAUUCUAGCACCUUUCUCCAAACUUAA